AUGGGUAAAGUUCAGAAGAAGAAUAGCAAAGGUCGUUUAGACAAGUAUUACUAUUUGGCGAAAGAAAAAGGUUACCGUGCCCGUUCGUCAUUCAAAAUCAUACAAAUUAAUGAAAAGUUCGGUCAUUUUCUUGAGAAAUCAAAAGUUGUGAUUGAUCUGUGUGCUGCGCCAGGUUCUUGGUGUCAGGUUGCUUCUAAUCUAUGUCCAUUAAAUUCUCUAAUCAUUGGUGUGGAUAUUGUUCCCAUGAAGCCCAUGGCUAACGUUAUUACGUUUCAGAGUGAUAUUACCACCGAGGACUGUAGAUCUAGGCUGAGAGGAUACAUGAAGACUUGGAAAGCUGAUACAGUUUUGCAUGAUGGUGCUCCUAACGUGGGUUUGAAUUGGGUUCAAGAUGCAUUUACACAAUCUCACUUGACGCUACAGGCGUUGAAGUUGGCUGUUGAGAACCUUGUUGUUGGCGGGACAUUUGUAACCAAAGUGUUCAGAUCCAAGGAUUAUAACAAAUUGAUUUGGGUAUUUAAGCAGUUGUUUGUGAAAGUUCAAGCUACAAAACCUCCAGCAUCCAGAAACGUUUCCGCAGAAAUUUUCGUCGUUUGUAAAGGUUUCAAGGCCCCCAAGAAGCUAGAUUAUAGACUCCUAGAUCCCAAAGAAGUGUUUGAGGAACUUCCAGAUGGACCUCAGAAUAUGCAGGCGAAGGUUUAUAACCCUGAGAAGAAGGUCAGAAAGAGAGACGGUUAUGAAGAAGGCGAUUACUUAUUAUUCCAUGAGAAACCUAUCAUGGAUUUCGUACGUGUAGAAGAUCCAAUUCAGCUACUGGGGGAGAUGAAUCGGUUUACUGUUGAUAAGGAAGAGCAUGAAUGGAAGAUUUUGAAGAAAAUGUCACAGACUACCCCAGAGUUUAUGGAGUGCAUUAAGGAUCUAAAAGUGUUAGGUAAGAAGGACUUUAAGAUGUUACUAAAAUGGAGGAAAGCUGCUAGAGCUCUACUUGGUAUUGAUGAAGAGGAUGAGAAGCCAGUGGUAGAAGCCGUUCCACUUACUGAGGAAGAGCAGAUUGAUAAAGAACUACAGGAUUUGCAAGAAAAGCAGAGGUUGAACAGCAAACGUGAAAAGCGGAAGCGGAAUGAACAGAAACAGAAGGAAAUCGUUAGGAUGCAAAUGCAAAUGUUAACUCCAACUGAUAUCGGUAUCGAAGCUGCUAGUCUAGGAAGAGAGUCUUUAUUUAACCUCAAGACCGCAGAAAAGACAGGUAUAUUAGACCAGUUAGCGAAGGGAAAGAGAAGGAUGAUUUUUACCAAGGAAGAUCCAAAUGACGCAGAUGACAUCCAGAUAGACGAGAAUGCCCCCUUGCCUGAUCGUGAUGAAUAUGCCGAAGCGGAUGAGAUGGAAGCUCAGCUAGAUUCCAUGUAUUCUCAAUACAAGGAAAGGAAGGCUGAGAGAGAUGCCAAGUUUAAAGCUAGACAGGCUCGUGGUGGAGAUGAAGACCAAUGGGACGGCUUCAAUGAAAAUAAGAGCAGUGACAAUGAGGAUGAACCUGAAAAGGACUACGUUGAAGAUAACUCGGACUCCGAGAUCUCUGACUCCGAUGACGAUGAGGCGAUUAACCAAUUGAUUGCGAAACUGAAAGGCUCGGAGAAUGGCAGCAAACUUUCCGCCAAGGCAAACGCUCUCUUCAGUGACUCUCUAUUCCAGGGCGUGGAAGCGGAUCUGCCACAAGCUCAAGCUCCAGCUUCAACUCCUGUGGAUAAUCAGAGAGGCCAAAAGAGAGCACGUGAAGAAGAAGCAUUCUCAAGUGAUAGCGAUUCUGAUGAGGAAGAUGACAAUGAUUUUGAGAUAGUUCCAAAUGAAAAUGAGGACAAUGACAGUGAGGAAUACGAUUCCGAAGACGAAAGAAAGCAAUCACGCAAGGAAAAGCACGCGAAGGAUAUUGAUAUAGCAACAGAAGCAGCUAUGACGUUAGCGCAUCAAUUAGCAUUACGUCAAAGAACUAAACAUGACUUAGUAGAUGAGGGCUUUAAUAGAUACGCUUUCCGUGAUACCGAUGCUUUGCCUGAUUGGUUUUUAGAAGAUGAAAGGCGGCACUCAAAGAUCAACAAGCCCAUCACAAAAGAAGCUGUAAUGGCAAUCAAGGAGAAGAUGAGGGCCUUGAACGCAAGACCGAUUAAGAAGGUGGCAGAAGCGAAGGCUAGAAAGAAGAUGCGUGCAUUGAACCGUCUAGAAAAGAUAAAGAAGAAGGCUGGUUUAAUUAACGAAGAUUCCGAGAAAUCUGAGAAGGAUAAGGCAGACCAGAUUGUGAAGUUGAUGAAGAAGAUUAACAAACAGUUUAAACAAAAACGUAAGGUUACUGUCGUUGUUGCCAGCGGUAAAAAUAAAGGAUUGUCAGGCAGACCUAAGGGUAUUAAGGGUAAAUAUAAGAUGGUUGACGGUGUGAUGAAGAAUGAACAGAGAGCAUUAAGGAGAAUCGAGAAGAAAAACCAUAAGAAGCACAAGCGUUAA